UUAUCUUCAUAUUUGUUCCUUGCUUUCUCCUUUAGAUCUCUCAUCAUGAGUGUGGACUGGAUUGGUGUUGCUUAUUCUGCACUUUUGGGUCUUGGAGGUGCUGUAGGAUAUAUUCGCAAAGGCAGCAAAAUCUCUUUGGUUGCUGGCCUUGUCUCUGGAAUAUUGGCUUUGUAUGGAGCGUACUGUGUGACACAUAACCCCAAAGAUGUAAAAGUAUCACUAUUCACAGCAUUUCUUCUGACUACUGUAAUGGGAGUAAGGUUUAAGAGGACCAAGAGAUUAAUGCCAGCUGGAAUUCUAGCAGGCCUAAGCUUGCUGAUGAUCUUGAGACUUGUGCUUUUGCUGGUAUGAGACCAAAGCAGCAAGAAUCCGUAUUCAUAUUCCACAUGAACAAACUUUGUAUGUUGAAUGUCUCCACAGAAAUAUGCUGCAGUACUUCCUUUUGUUACUGAAUGAACACAAAAUGUUGUUACUCAUGGAUUUUGGGCUUCAUUCUUCAGGCUACAUUUCUUUAAUGAUAGAUAUUACUGUGCUUGUUAAGAGCAAGCAACUGGCUUGUCUAAAUAUUAAAUUUGGGGAGGUGAAAAAAUGUUCAGUGAUUCCUUUCGCCCAAAUAAAUAAAUGGCUUUUGAAGCCCAGGUCAGUUAUGUCGUAGGACAUAAAUAUAUAGACCUGGAUUGAAAUUGGCCAGUCAUGCUGUGGAAUGGUAGAGACUUGUAAUAUUGUAUUGCAGCUAACAACAAGGAUUUCUUUUGUAUUUCUAAAAUGCUGUCAAUUUCUACUCCUCUCUUGAAAUUGCAAAGAUAGAAACUACCAAAACAUAAUAAAAUUUAAUAUUUUGAGAUCA